UCUAAUUUCAUGAAGUGGUCCGUUCCUGCCUUUCUUUAUUUCCUGGAUAAUUUGAUUGUCUUCUAUGUUCUUUCCUAUCUUCAGCCUGUAAGUAAAUAUGACAAAGAAAAUAGCAUUGGAAAAACACAGAGAAUGAAUCUCAGAACUAAUUUUUCUUUUUUUUUUUAUCAUUUUCCUUGGCAUCAUUAGUUUCUCAUUGCCCUCCCAUGCCUUCCUGAUGUUUGACCAGAUCAUCUGCAUACUGACUUACCAGUCUGCUUGCCAGAUUCUCUCACUGUUAAAGAUGACUCUAUUAAACCAUGCUGACUGUUUGGCAGGAGUUACUCCCUGGCCACUGCAUUUGGAGCCAUCUCUCUUUGUGUAACCUUGAUCAGUCUGCCUGUUUUCUAAGCCAUCCUAUGGUCACCAACCUCUAAUAUUAAUCUCAACAUCCAGGACCUCCAAGCAGACUGCCCUGAUUAACUCAGAAAAUUAUACAGCUCAGUGCACCACUCUUUCUUACACCCACUUUAGUGUAGUUUAUAUGUAUUCUAUUUGUAUGACUUUUUUUUAUGUUAGUCCUGUCAUUUAACCAGCAAGUUAUUUAAUGGUAGAGAUUAUAUCCUCUCAACUCUAUAAAUAUUAUCUGUAACUGAUAAUACUAAGAAUAUUUCUCAUCUCUCUUGGCAUCCUCCUUACCAAUUUAGAGAGCCAUUAAUAAUCAGAAUUAAAAUUUGGUCUUCUGCUUUUACCUGUUACUUAGUUUGGAUCAUGUGUAUGUUUCACUCUAUUAUUUUAUAAAAUGAAGAUUUCUAUUGCCAUUGUUGCCAAAAUGUGUUUUAAGUUUCUUUAAAGAGUAAAUUCAGGCAUUUGAUUAUAAAUAGUAUUUUAUUGGUACUAGUCUAUGUGAAGCUGCUUAAAUAUAGCCAAAUCAGUUUGAGAAUGGAAUGAAAAGGAAGGAUCAGGAAAGUAGUAUGGUAGAAAACAGGAGUUUGAUCUUUUGCAUAGUUUAGAAGCUGUGUAACUAGGCAAGCCCCAACUGCUUGAGGUGUCAAUUGCCCAUCUGUAAGAUAGAAUAGUGUUACCAUACCAUCCUGGAAGUGGAGACCUGAGCCAGGUGAUCACCUGAAGUUCCUUUCAGCUGUAUGAUCCGUGUUAUUAGUAAGUGUUCAUUCCAUCUAAAAUGUGUUCUCUGUUGGGGCCAGCCCGGUGGUGUAGUGGUUAAGUUCGCUCUGUCUGCUUCAGCAGCCGGGGGUUUGCAGGUUUGAUUCCGGGUACGGACCUACACACCGCUCAUCAAGCCAUGCUGUGGUGGCAUCCCAUAAACAAAAUAGAGGAAGAUGGGCACAGAUGUUAGCUCAGGGCCAGUCUUCCUCAGCAAAAAGAGGAAGAUUGGCAAUGGGUGUUAGCUCAUGGCCAGUCUUCCUCACCAGAAAAAAUAACAAUUAAAAAAGAAAAUAUGUUCUCUCCUAAAUUCUUGCUUCCACAUUGUUUUUCAGAUCUGAGAAUUCUUGUACCCAAUGACAUAAUUGUUCACAUUCAUUAAGUAUAUAUUUGUUGUAUUUUGUUUGUAUCCAACAGAUUAUCUCUAAAUUUGUAUCCCUUUUCUACAUCCCCACUACCAAAGCAAGACUGCAAUUUCCUGUUCUUCUUCCAGCUUAUUGCUCUGCGCUUCCUUCCUGAUUGUGUACAACCACAGAUAUUAAAAAAUAAAUCACAUGGCGUUUUCUGUGUAUUGCUGUGCCCAAGUCUAGUUGGAAAGAAUUAAACAGAGAUGCAUGGAGGUUUGGGGGCAGAGAGCUCUGAUGUUUUGUUUACUCUAUACUCUUCAUGGAAAGAGUUUUCAGACUCCAUCAGGCCAGCCAGGCCACUUGGCUAGGUGCAUUUGCACUGCCCUUAUUGUGAUUGAUCAGACCCACCACUUUCCCACUGUUAGUGGCCACUUACUUUCCUCAUCUCUUACUCUUCUCCUGACGAGGAGUUCGCAACCAUUUGUCUACAGAGAAGACACUGAGAAAACCUUAAAAUAGUGGUUCCCAUAAAAAUUCAGUAGAAAAACAACAGUGUUGUGUUCUUGGAAUUUUUGCUAGUUUUUAUUGGAUUUACUCCUAUUUCUUUAAUGCAGCUGCAUAUUAGCCAUGUUAGCUGGUUAUAUAAGACUGUUGAUGAUUUUUAGGGUUUAAUCAACCUAAAGUGACAGCAAGGAGGAAGGCAGGGGAACUAAAUCAGUAGGAUUUGUUUUUAAAAAUUAUUAAUGUCAUAUCCAAUUAUGAGGAACGAUGAUAAAAUUUCAUACUUUCUGGGCCAAAACAUACAUAUACAUGUUCGGAUUAAUACUUUCAUGUGAAAUAUGACUGAAUUCACAAAAACAAAUCUUUAUAAAAUCUGGCUAACACAUUUCUAAGUGUUUAGAACAAUGUGACUAAGUCCAAAGAACUGUCAGAUAAGAGUUGAGUAGCGCAUCACCAUUAUUGAAUCACUACAGUUCAGCCAGGCGAGUUGAUUCAAUUCCUAGAACAGUAAAGAUGCUUAAAAGCCUACACCUCAAUUUCCUUACAUAUAUAAGUGGGCCUAGCAGUACCUGCCUUCUCUCUCCCCGUAGAAGCAGUAUUAAAAGGUUAUAAAGCACUUUGAGAGCUUCAAAAGGCCAUGGCUGUUAUCUUCUCAAAUUUUAGCAUUAUAACAACAGCCCUUCUAUUCAGGAUAGUGCUGAAGAGGCAUCUAAACUGGAUACAAUGGGCUUCCCUCCUGAUUCUGUUUUUGUCUAUCGUGGCCCUGACCGCUGGGACUAAAACUUCACAGCAUAACCUGGCAGGACAUGGAUUUCAUCAUGAUGCCUUCUUCAGCCCUUCCAAUUCCUGCCUUCUUUUCAGAAGUGAGUGUCCCAGAAAAGACAAUUGCACAGCAAAGAAGUGGACUUUCUCUGAAGCCAAGUGGAACACCACAGCCAGGAUUUUCAGUCACGUCCGUCUCGGCUUGGGCCAUGUGCUUAUUAUAGUCCAGUGUUUUAUUUCUUCAAUGGCCAAUAUCUAUAAUGAAAAGAUAUUGAAGGAAGGGAACCAGCUCACUGAAAGCAUCUUCAUACAGAACAGCAAACUCUAUUUCUUUGGCGUUCUUUUUAAUGGAUUGACCCUGGGCCUUCAGAGCAGUAACCGUGAUCAGAUUAAGAGCUGUGGGUUUUUUUAUGGCCACAAUGCAUUUUCAGUAGCCCUUAUUUUUGUAACUGCAUUCCAGGGCCUCUCGGUGGCUUUUAUUCUGAAGUUCUUGGAUAACAUGUUCCAUGUCUUGAUGGCCCAGGUCACCACUGUCAUCAUCACAACAGUGUCCGUCCUGGUCUUUGACUUCAGGCCCUCCCUGGAGUUUUUCUUAGAAGCCCCAUCAGUUCUCCUCUCCAUAUUUAUUUAUAAAGCCAGUAAGUCACAAGAUCUGGAAUAUGCACCUAGGCAAGAAAGGAUCCGAGAUCUAAGUGGCAGUCUUUGGGAGCGCUCCUGUGGGGAUGGAGAGGAACUGGAAAGACUUACCAAACCCAAGAGUGAUAUUGAGUCAGAUGAAGAUACUUUCUAAUCAGUACCCAAAUACUUGGCAUCUCUCACAAACCUUAUUUUCACAUUUUCAGCAUGUGUAAUACUUGUCUUUUCACUUUGAUAAACCAAGAACAUUUCUAAAGCAUAAUACUGUUUGCAUAUAUCUAACCACUCCCUAAGCGGUUCCAUCCAAGACUUAGAGGACCCAAAGGCUAAAAAGUUCUAAGGAACUGACAGAGGAGUGAUAGUAUGGAGACUGCAUUAAUGGCCCUGUACUUGAUAAGUCAGGAAGAUAUAUUCACAGAUUAUUUUCCUUGUCCUCCAAGGUUCCAAAAAACUUGUAAUAAUCACGUCAAGUGUACCCUAUAAACAUACCAAUAGAGGUCAGUUUGCCAGAUCAUCAUAAUUCUGUAGUUCUACUCUGCAUGCCUAAGUCUUCCCUUUUUUAUUAUUAUAAAUAUUACCUAGGUUGUCUGUGAAUUUUGAGGCAUUGGAGAGAGACAUUUUGCAAUUAAAAAAUAACAUGACUCUUUCUAAAAAAUUUGGUUGAAGGACCUUACUGUCUAGCCAAAACACUGAUUCGAGGGUAACCUAGUCUUGUGCUAAAUGUUUUGCUGAAGAAGCAAUUUUUCAGAAACAAAAUCUGAGAAUUUUAAUUUCUAGGAAAUUAUAAGAAAUUUGAUUUUUAGUGAUCUCUUUUGAUGUUUUUCUACACAAGUAAGCUUCAGUAUAGGUGAAGGCUGGUUCCCAGUCACCGCGGUUAUCACUUGUAUUUUAAAUGACUUAAACAAGUCGUGGUGGGGUUUUUUCUUCUCAGUUUGACCUCAUUACUCUUGGAUUAUUAUAUUUUAAAGAACUAAUAAGCCAUUUCAUUUUAUUAGUUAUUAAUUAGAACUUAGGACUAUUAUAUGUCUUUAUAUCAUCUCCUGUUCCUAGGAGUUGAGACACUGGCUUCAGAAUCAUGCCAGAUUGUCAGUAAGAUUGAUUCCUAAGAGUUCCUUUUACAAGGAUCACUUUGCAAAUAAGUGACUUUUACUGAGAUACAAAUAGUAUAACUCUACAAAGAGGAAGACCAAUAAUAAAUAAAGCCCCUUACUGUAAUGAUAUUUCACACUUCAAGUGCACGGUAUUUUUCCAGAUAUUUUUGCAUGCAGCCAAUUGACUCUAUGACGUAGAGAAGUCAGAUGAGAGAU